AUGGCAGCAUUACGCGAAGAGUUCGAGAAAUACGAGGAUGAGGCGGAACGCACAUCAUACGAGUGUAUGACACUAACAGAGGAGAUGCUUCUUGAACUAUAUACGACCUUUGAUAAAAUGGAAGCUCAAUGUGAUCAAUUUGAAGCAAUGAUUGAAAAGAUGCAUGCCACAUGGUUGAAAAUGUCAGAGAUUCUCACCGAAAUGAAGGAAGUGCUGAAAAAGUACAAAUUCUUUCAAUACAUAUCUUCUCAGUCAACACCGUACUCUCGUCCAAUAUGCGUUGCAGCUCAAUUUUGUGUUUCGCGAGCUCUUCGCGUAAUGCUGCCAUCGCUUUCUAAA